AAAAAUAUUGGGAAAUCGUCUGGAGUGCAGUGUCAAGCUUCAUUUUAUGAGUUAUUUUGAAGAUAACACUUGAUCGAUUUCGCCAUGUCUACUGAACCUGGAGUAGAAAAGGUGUUGGUGACUGGUGCGUCUGGCUACAUAGCCACACACAUUGUAAAGCAACUCCAGGAAGCUGGCUACAAGGUCAGAGGAACAGUCAGGAGUCUCACCAACCCCAAGAAAGUAGGACCCCUCAAGGAACUCUGUCAGAAUCCUGCCCAUGAACUGGAACUCGUAGAAGCCGACCUCACAAAUGAUGAAUGCUGGAAAGAUGCUGUCCAGGGAUGUAGCCAUGUUAUCCACACUGCUAGCCCUUUCCCAGACAAGAGUCCUAAGGAUGAGAGUGUUAUUAUCAAGCCUGCUGUAGAAGGUACAACCAGGGUCCUACAAGCGUGUGUAGAUGUGGGCGGAGUCAAGAGGGUCGUACUCACCAGCUCUAUACUUGCCAUCAGUGAUUUGACCGAGACUAAUGAAGAACCCAUCACAGAGGAAAGCUGGAGGAAUAUGAACAGUCCUAUGGAGGAUGCCUACGGGAAGAGCAAGGCGUUAGCAGAGAAAGCGGCUUGGGAUUUUGUAGAGAAACUACCAGCUGAGUCUAAAUUUGAGUUUACUGUCAUCAACCCUGCAAUGGUCCUUGGUCCCGUCAUCUGCGGAGUUCCAGGAACCAGCGUGGAAGUGAUCCGUCGCAUUCUCGAACGAGACCCACCUGCUAUUCCCAAGCUCAAUUUCUCCGUAUGUGAUGUCAGGGAUGUUGCUAAGGCUCACGUCAUUGCCAUGACGCACCCGGAGGCACCAGGUCAUCGUCAUAUCGUCGCUCCUCACAGUUUGUGGUUUCGAGAAAUGGUAGAUAUCCUCAAGGAAGAGUUUACAAAUAAAGGUUACAAGCCGCCAAGUCUGAUGGCCCCACCCGUUCUUCUAAAGGUAGUAAGCUGGUUUGAUUCCUCUGUAAAGUAUAUUCUACCACUACAGGGGCACAAGGCUACAUUUUCAAACCAUAGGUUUACUGAAGUACUUGGAGUCAAACCAUAUGACGCUAAGGAUUCAUUGAUAGACAUGGCUUACACCUGCAUAGAUAAAGGAUUCAUAGUAAAGAAGAAGCAAUAUUUCAAUCCAAAGGAUCAACAGACAGCAGAGGGCACUAGUGCAUCAUCAUCGUCAUCGUAGAAACAUCAAUGGACCUUCAGUGCAUUUAAAUCAUACAGCUUUAUCAUAACUUCAGAUAACGGAGGCUUCACACUGAUAUACAUUUGGGUUCAACCAUUUAUCUGGAUUCCAUCUUUAGCACUCCCCUUUACCGAACACCUGUAUGUCGUCAGCCACACAUCUGACACCUUCAAGACCUUCCAGCACCAGGUUCAGUCGUCUCUGGAACUCUUCAGGACCGGUGGACAGACCAAAAGGCAUACGCUUCCAUCGAUACCGGCCAUAGGGAGUGUUGAAUGUUGUCAGCUCUGAACUAGCCUCGUCUAAUUGGACAUGCCAGAAUCCGUUCUUCGCAUCAAAGGUUCUAAACACCUUAGCAUUAGUCAAGUCCGAUAGGAUAUCUUGUAUUGUUGUCAUGGGAUAGUGGCUUCGUUUCAAUCCCUUAUUCAGAUCUCCUGGGUUUAAGCAUACUAUUACUAGAUUCCCAUUAGGCUUCCUUUAGUUUGGUGUUCAAAGCCACUGGUACUCGUCUUGGUGGGUGGAUAAUCGGUGCAACUUCUUCGUCCACACUCAUAUGAUACUCUCCCUCAAGUUUUCCUGUCCCUUCAAACACAUCAGCAUAUUCUGUCAUCAGGGUUUGUUUACUUAGAGUACUCUCACAGUCUGUAUCAGCCUUCAGCAACAUGUUUUCCUCACAGACCUUGAUCAAUCCCAUCUGCUGGGCUGCACUGCUCCCAAGUAUUAGCAUGCACUCUCUGUCUACAAUGAUGCAAUCCACUUUGUAUUUCCUUCCAUUCUUGGGAUUCAUCACUUUCACUUGGGUCUUGCCAAGGAGUACUUCAGUUGUCUGAUUAAAGACAGUAACUACAAGGCGCUUGCUCUUGAUGACUUCUUUUGCCAGCGCCUUAGGAAUCACAUUACAGUCUACCUGGAAUUUCACAUUCUUCCCAUCCAGCGUCAUCAGCAUGAAGAUUUUCUUUUUGAAUUUUCCCCCGUCUACCCUGUACACUGCAUGCUCUUCUUCCAGCUCAACUAUUUGAACUUCAUCCAAUUCUUCAUCUGAAGUUUCUACUUCAACUACAUGGACUGGUCUUUUCUUUGGCUUCUUCUAAUCUUUACCUUGGUCUUUCUUGGCUUUGCUCCUGCACACACUAGAGAAAUGAUUUUUCCCAUUGCAUGAGAAGUAUUCUUUCCCGAUUGCUGGACAUUUCUCUUUUUAACUUUCAUGACAACAUCCACAGAAUUUACACUGCACUGCCUGCAAUUUCUUGGGUUUUCUUUAUUGCUCACUGCACGAACCUCUUGUCGCUGAUCACCGACAAGAACAUCCACUCUGGCCUUGGAGAGCACAGACAGUUGACAAGCUUUGACACACUUGUCCAAAUCAAGUGAAGAGUCUCGUAGAAGUCUCUCCCUCAGCAUGCCAUCUCUGAUCCCGCAUACGAUCCUAUCACGAAUCAGAGACUCCUUAAACUCUCCAAAGUUACAGUGAGCCACCAACAGUUUUGAGUUCAGUUAAGAACGAAUCAACUGAU